AUGCUCUUCUCCGGAGAGUUCCAUCCCUUCCGCCUCCCAGUCCCAGGCCUCUGGCUUGAUAUAUUCCAGAAAAUCAAAAGCAUGGGCUUCACAGGAGUGUCAUUCUACACAGACUGGAGCCUCCUCGAAGGGAACCCGGGACAGGUCAUCACAGACGGAAUAUGGAGUCUGGAGGAGUUCUUCAAUGCUGCAACACAGACUGGCAUAUACCUCAUCGCUCGACCAGGACCUUACAUCAACGCGGAAACCACCGGUGGUGGGAUACCCGGAUGGGUUCUCCGACAGCAAGCAGUCAUCCGAUCUGAUGAGCCUGAAUAUCUCAAUGCGACAGAACGAUAUGUUUCCACCCUAGGUCAGAUUAUUGAACGCGCCCAGAUAACCCAUGGCGGACCGGUUAUCAUGGUUCAGCCCGAGAAUGAGUAUUCUACGUGGCCAGGUGUGACUGAUUUUCCGAGCGAGAUGAAUAGCGAGUAUAUGGCCUAUGUGGAAAGCCAACUACUUGAUUUGGGUAUUACUGUCCCUUUGAUUGUCAAUGAUAAUUUGGACCUGGGGUACUUCGCGCCGGGAUCGAGUGUGGGAGAGGUGGACAUUUACGGCAUUGACUCUUACCCCAUGCGUUAUGACUGCGCGCAUCCUACCGUUUGGCCAACCUAUAGGUUCCCUUAUAACUGGCAAGUUUUACAUGAACAAUAUAGUUCAACAACGCCUUUCGCUAUUGCUGAAUUCCAGGGUGGCUCUGGAGAAGGAUGGGGAGGAGUAGACCAAGACAUGUGUGGCCAGUUGGUGAACGAGGAGGCAGUUAGGGUGGUUUACAAGAACAACUACAGCUUCGGGGUGAAAAUUCUCAACAUUUAUAUGACCUUCGGUGGCACCAACUGGGGCAACCUGGGAUACAUGGGCGGCGAUACAUCCUACGAUUAUGGAGCUGCCAUCGCUGAAGACCGGACAGUUUUGCGCGAGAAAUACAGUGAACAGAAACUUGAAGCAAAUUUCCUCAAAGUAUCACCAGCUUAUUUGACAGCGACUUCCUAUUUGGGAGUCAACGGGUCUUAUGGUGCACCAGCUGAAAUCGCUGUGACUUCUCUCAUUGGCAAUGGAACACAAACGAACUUUUAUGUUGCUAGACAUGCUGACUUCACCUCCACUGAUAAAACUCAGUACACUCUCACUCUCACGACGAGUAUUGGCAACAUCACUAUUCCUCAACUAGGAGGCCAGCUGACCCUCAACGGUCGCGAUUCCAAAUUCCACGUUACAGAUUACGAUGUCGGCGGCAUCAACCUGAUCUACUCCUCCGCAGAGAUAUUCACAUGGGCGCGAGGAGCCGGAUCGGCACGUGUGCUAAUUCUCUACGGGGGCGCAGGAGAAACACACGAGUUUGCUGUGUCUAGCCAUCUUGGAAAGCCGACUGUUACCGAAGGGAAAGACAUCUCCAUUGAACGACGCGGGGCUUCUUGGGUUUUACAGUGGCAUGUUACCCCAGACCGACGCAUCGUCCGAGUUGCUGACCUGGAGAUUUACCUACUCUGGCGGAAUGAUGCAUACAACUACUGGGUAAUGGAGCUACCUGCUUCGAGCCCGGUUGGAAAUUUCUCAUCGCCCUCCAAGGACGUGAUAAUUCUCAAGGCCGGAUAUCUUAUCCGUACAGCGGAUCUGAUAGACAAGCAUCUUCGUUUGACCGGUGAUGUGAAUGCGACGACAGAGAUCGAGAUCAUCUCCAGUCCAGCUAAGCAUCUGCAAGGUAUUACGUUCAAUGGAGAAGAGCUGGAAACUUCUCAAGUAUCCAAUGGGAAGAUCUCCGGGACUGUGAAAUACAGCCCUCCUAAGCUUGACAUUCCAGAUUUGUCCAACCUCGAAUGGAAGUUCCUUAAUUCUCUCCCUGAGAUUAUCUCGUCGUACGACGACUCAGCUUGGACUUCGUGUAUACUGAAUUCGACUCACAAUCCGCGGGCAUUGAGCACCCCGACUAGUCUGUACUCCAUGGACUAUGGAUAUCACACUGGGUCUCUGUUUUAUCGCGGUCAUUUCAACGCCAACGGCCAGGAAUCCAACGUGUGGCUGAAUGUAUCGGGUGGCAUAGGCUUCGGGCAUUCCAUCUGGCUGAACAGCACAUUCCUCGGCUCUUGGGCUGGGUCGAGCGCCAACUCCACAAUCGUCCAUAACGUAUCAUUGCCAUCAGCUUUGUCACGAGACACCCCAUACGUGCUAUCCAUUCUGAUUGAUCACAUGGGCCAGGAUGAGGAGGCACCUGGUACUGACGCAAUUAAAUUCCCGAGGGGUAUUCUUAACUUUGGAAUCUCGGGUCGCGACCAAUCCGAUGUCUCGUGGAAGCUGACAGGUAAUCUUGGCGGAGAGCAUUACCAGGAUCUAGUCCGUGGUCCUCUCAAUGAAGGUAGCAUGUAUGCCGAGAGACAAGGAUACCAUUAUCCCAGUCCACCAGAUUCAAAGUGGAAAAAGUCAAGCCCGGUGAAAGACGGCAUGUCACAUGCGGGCGUUGGCUUCUACACGGCAUCUUUCCACCUCGAUAUCUCAAAUGGAUGGGAUGUUCCGAUGAGUAUCGUGUUCCGUAAUUCUUCCCAGGUCAGCUCGGAAGAUGUUCAAAACAACUACAGAUGUCAGCUUUUCAUCAACGGGUACCAAUUCGGGAAGUAUAUAAACAAUCUCGGUCCGCAAAAGGCAUUCCCUGUUCCUGAAGGAAUCCUCAAUCACCAGGGUGAGAAUUUCAUAGCUUUGACUCUUUGGGCACAGGACAGGCUAGGUGCAACGCUGGGAGGAUUGAAAUUAGUGCCCACAUCCGUCAUCAAAUCCGGCUAUAGUAGACCCCAGCCCGCACCCCAGCCUACGUGGGUACAGCGAGAAGGCGCUUACUAG